AGUAGUGUCAAUGUCAGGGUAAUGUUUAUCUUUAUCACCUGCUAUUUUGUUAUCAAAAUAAAAAAUGUCCAUACAUAACGUAUGCAAAAUAAUUCGGUAAUUGCAUUUACGUAAAAGAUAGCAAUUCAAAUACAUACAUAAAUAAAGAUAGCACAUAGUUUAAAAACUCAAAUAGAUCAAGUUGAAAUUGAAAUCCUUUUCUAAUCUUUGUGAAAUACAACACACAUACAAUAACAUUCAACAUGAUUGUGGGAAGUUUAUUUUUAAUCUUAUUAUCUACAGUUCAUUUCGGAAACUCCUACGUUUGUCCACCUUGCGACGAAAAAACAGUAUGUGAACCACUUUCAUGUCCAGAAGGACAAAAACCUGUUCCAAAAUGGUCAUGUAAUUGUUGUGAUACCUGUCUCACAGUGUUGAAAGAAGGAGAUAAUUGCAGUGGUAAUCCUUUCUUAGGAGUUCCAAGUAAGGUUGUAUGUGACACAGGCCUCAUUUGUUAUAAAUCAAAAUGCACAAAUGAAGAGGAAGUUGCCAAGAUUUUAAGUCAAUAGAAUUAAAAGUAUGUUAUCCUCUCUACAUAUUGUAUUACCAAGAUUUUAAUAUAAUUAUUGUUUUCA